GUAUAAGGUGUUCUAUCCCACCAUGUACGCGGUGGAGUCCGAGAAUAAGGAUGCUAAGCUAUUCAACUGUGUGCAGAGGGGGCAUCAGAACUCGCUGGAGUCGAUGCCGGUGUUCUUUGUGAUGCUGCUCGUUGGCGGGCUCCAGCACCCGACCAUCGCCGCCGGGCUCGGUUUCCUCUACAUCUUGGCGCGGUUCUUCUACUUCAAGGGCUACUCCACCGGCGUUCCCGAGAAUCGCCUGAAGAUUGGGGGCCUUAACUUCUUGGCACUGUUCGGGCUCAUCUUGUGCACGACGUCGUUCGGGAUCAAUCUGCUUCUCCGAGAAGUGCUGUGAAAUCGGCUUUUCUACUUCUCUGUGUGUGUGUGUGUGUGUGUGUGUGUGUGUGUGUGUGAUGUUUCUAUGUUUGCUUUUGUUAAUAUAGUUGCUUUUUUGGCAAAUAAUGCGGCGGGGUCCGAGAGAUUUUCGAUGAUGCGUUCCUUUUCGUCGAGGAACAUAUGUUAUGUUCUUUGUCUUUAAAAGGAUUUAAUUCUGAAUGUAGGAAUUGUUAUUGGCAGAAUUUUUCUUUGUAUAACUCUUUGGAUUGAAUGAUAAGCUCCCUUUUAUGAUCAAA